UUUAACAGAGGCGCAGUCUGUGUAGGAACAGAGAAAAGUGUUUUCAGGCAAAGAUAAAGGGGCAAAACAGAAGAUUAAAGUGGUGAGGAGGUUUGAAGUGUUCUCAAUUGGUACACGAUGCUGCGGUCGUGCUGUCCUGCGCGCUUCAAACCUUUGUGGAGCCUCUGGAGUGGGCACAACUGGUGUCCUCUCUUAUUUACAGCUGCAACCAGUUGGUUCUGAGCGUUUCGGUCACUAUCCCUGCUUCUUUAUUCAGGGAUCCACUUUUUUUCUCUUCUCCCCCCGAGAGGCAGAGAGAGUGGACGCCCCUAAACCUUAGAGUAUGACCAAAGCAUCCGCGCCCUGACGCGCUCAGCUGAGCGCAUGUUGGAUCGGUGAGGCUGUGGACUAGUAUGAAGCGCCAUGGCGUGGUGUGACCGCGGGGUUCAAACGCUGCUGGCCACCGUGGGGGCUUUCGCUGCCUUCAGCCUGAUGACCAUCGCCAUCGGCACGGACUACUGGCUCUAUUCGCGGGCGUACAUCUGCAACAGCACCAAUGCCACCACAGACGAGACCCAGUCGCAGCCCAAAACCAAGAAGGGCGAUCUCACCCACUCCGGGCUGUGGAGAAUCUGCUGUAUUGAAGGCAUCAAUCAAGGCACCUGUUACAGAAUCAACCAUUUCCCUGAUGACAACGACUACGACACCGACAGCUCUGAAUACCUGCUGCGUAUAGUCCGAGCCUCCAGCGUGUUCCCCAUCCUCAGCACCAUCCUGCUGAUGCUCGGCGGGCUGUGUGUCGGGGUGGGCCGAGUCUACAACAAGACAAACAACGUCCUCCUCAGCGCCGGCAUUCUCUUUGUAGCUGCAGGUCUGAGCAACAUCAUCGGCAUCAUCGUCUACAUCUCCAGCAACGCAGGAGACCCCAGCGACAAACGAGACGAUGACAAGAAGUACACCUACUCCUACGGCUGGUCCUUCUACUUCGGCGCCCUCUCCUUCAUCGUGGCGGAAACGGUGGCUGUCCUCGCCAUCAACAUCUACAUCGAGAAAAACAAGGAGAUCCGCUGGCGGGCGCGGCGCGAGUUCAUCCGUUCUCUCUCCUCCUCUUCUCCGUAUUCCAGGAUACCGAGUUUCCGAUACCGCCGGCGGACAUCGCACGCCAGCUCUCACUCCACAGAGGCGUCGCGGGAGAACUCGCCAGUGACCGGUCUGAAGGGGGCGGCGUCCUCCAGCGGGGCCCUGGACGAGUUGUCGAUGUACGCACUGGCGAGGGACAGCGUCACGGACAACACGUACAGCCCCGAACACGAGUCGUCUGCCGAGUUCCUCCAGGUCCAUAACUGUUUCCCCAACGAUCUGAAGGACGGGGUGAAUCGCAGGACCACGCCCGUGUGAGAGGCGUGGCCUCAAAGUUCACCUGGAGGUGGACGAACAGGAAAUGAUGAAAGAAAUCAGUGGGCUGAUCUGAUGGAGCCCGAGUGCUUGUGAUAGCCUGUCAGCUAAGAGGCGCAGAUUUCGGAGAGACUAGCCAUGUUUUCUUUGAACUGUCAAGCACAUUUUAAGCGAACUGGCGCUUUUGGCUAUGCAUGGCUGUGAUAAAGUAAAGAGGGAAGAGAAGAAGAAGUAGAGGAAAGCACUGAAAUCAAAACCAGUCGCCUUGACCGUCCAACCAAUGAAAGAGAUUAAAAUGGAGAAACGUCUUCAGGAAUUGGGUCCAAUUGCCAUGUUUCAUGCUGUCCAGAGGUGAAAAAAAAAUUAAUAAACUGUCAUGUGAGUUAAAUGUUUGCUACACUACAGGCCAAAAGUUUGGAAGCAACUUAAAUUCUCUGCUCACAAUGGCUUUCUUAUUAAAAACCAGUAUGGAUUCUUUGGAUUUUUGGAUGUUUUUACUGCAUGAUCAGACUUUACCUUUAUUGAAUUGAACCAUUUUCCUCAAUUGACCUUUAGGUGUACAUUGAUGUUACCAAAAGAGAAGAAGGGCUUAGUUUUAGGGCUAAGAAGAUUUUGAAGAGUCACAACUUCAGUGCAAAAGUAAAAAAAAACAAAUCACAGUUUGCAUUAUUCACUUUAACUCUUUGGUUUUUGAGAGUUUGGAUACAAAAAUCCCAAUAAAUCUCAACUGUUCAUAUUUCUGACAAAAGAAACAAGAGUUCAGAUUUAUACAUUAAGGAAAGAAGGAUACACAAAGUCUAAGCAAUAAAACCCCAAAGACCUGAUAAUUAUAGUAAAAAUGUGUUCUAAUAAGUGACUCUUUAUAUAUUAAUCACGUUUAUUUUGUUGCAAAGUACAACAAUGAAAGUAUGAUCUUUUUUUGUACAAAUUUGAUCUUGCUUCCAAACUUUUGGCAUCAAAAAAGUAGUUGGCAAACGUGUUUCCAUCAACUCUUUCUUUCGACAAAACCACCGCAAGCGAGUGCAGAAAAAACUUUGUGCAAUUGAGGAAGUUUUAUUGAAUUUUGCCGUUUCCAUUCAGCUUUUCUAAUGCACAUAAAAAUAAGGAACAGAGGACAGUCAGCUGGACGGAAGAUGAGCCAAUUAUCAGGACCUGAGAACCAUUUAUCUGCUGGUGGAGAUCAUCAGAGCAGAAUAGCGUUACGUUGUCUGUGCUGUAGCUGAUUUAAAAUUGGUGUUAUCUUUCAACUGUCAAAACGCUUAAAGGAGCAGUGCGUGGAUCACAACUCGUGUUUGUGUAAUAGUCACUACACGUUGUGGUGUGAUGCGUUGAGAUGUGCCAAUCAGCAGUAUUCUACCUGUAAAUUAUUCAACAAGGUGCUAAAAGAAAUGUACUCUUCAACUUGAAAGUGUUUCAUGUGUGUGUGCCGUUGAUGUGAAGUGUUUGUGUGGCAUCCUCGUAACCAGUUUGGCCUUGUCUGAUACUUUAAGCCCACAAAAUUAAAUCUAGGUCAGAAUAAUUUGGAUUUGGAAAUCCUAUCCCUUGCUCUCUAGAGUCAAACAAAAUAAUUAAGUGCAGAAUAUAAAUUAAUUGUUUUUUAUUUUUAAACUUUUUAUAACAUUUUCAACCUGAAAUCCACCCAGAAUCCACCAUUCUGAUGGAUUAGGGUAAUCCUGAUUUAUUGGAUCAAAGACAUAUCAAUCUCACUAAAAAAGUUGAUAAUGUGAUUCUAUCAAAUUUCAGAUUCCUUCUUUUUCUUUAAAACAUCCUCUUUUAUUUAAUCCUUUGAUGUACAACUUAUUGA